AUGAUUUCUUUAUCAAAUAUCAAAUUAUCGAGGUCUCUGUUUUGUUUUUGUUUUUCCCAAAAAACUAAUUACUCCACACACACCCCUCAACAGUCAAAAUAGUUUGGAAAAGCCAGCAUACAGACGCGGUUAAAGCUAAAACUAUUGAUGUUCGUUUGUCCACAAAUCAGAACAAAUUAAGGUCUCUCAGGUUUCAGAGGUCACAAGUCGUUUAACCUUUGCUCCCAUCCUGUCCUGAUCCUCCCCGCUCCUUCUUCCUCCCUCCCCCAAUUCUAUUUUAUUUUAUUCUAUUUUCUGUCUGCUUUCUUUUCAGAGGUCUUCCACAAGAAAAGAAAAGUACCCGUUUGUGUCUGUCGGGCUCAUUCUCUUCUACUACAGUUCAAGCCUUCUUCUACCUUUGUCUUCUCUUCGCUCCUCAUCCCUGUUCUUUUCCACUCUGUUUUUCACUCUGUGUCUCCCAUGUACGUACUCUUCCACCCCAAAAGCUGCCCAUCACUCCUCACGUCCUAAACCUUCUCUACUUUUCACUUCUCAUUGUCUCUACGUCCUUGUUUACGUUUCUUGCUAUAUCAUCGUAUCCUUCUCACCUUAAACAAGAAACCGAGAUGCUUCCUUUCAGGAGUUUCUAUGGGUUCGAGAGCUGGUCAGAUCAGCCAGGCUCGUCCGUCAAGUCCGUGGAAUUGGAUAACGGGAAAACAGUUCUGAACUCCACUUCAAAAUCUGAUCAGAGGAAAUCCAUGGAAGCAUGCAAGAGCCAUAGAGAAGCUGAGAGGAGACGCAGGCAACGUAUCAACGCCCACCUCUCCACCCUGCGCUCUCUCCUCCCUAACGCCGUAAAGUCGGAUAAGGCUUCGUUGUUAGCGGAGGUGGUCCAACAUGUCAGAGACCUGAGGAAACAGGCCGAUGACGCGGCGCGCCAUCACAACGGAGACUUGUCGGGCAGCACUAUCGGCGGGGAAUCCGGGUCGGGUCCGGGAGACUCGGAGCAGUGGGCGUUUCCGGGAGAGUUGGACGAAGCAUCUGUGAGCUAUUGCGAUGGAGCUGGGGAGAGGAAGCUGGUGAAAGCCACUCUCUGCUGCGAGGACCGGCCCAACCUGAACAGAGAUCUAGAGGAGGCGAUCCGGUCGGUUCGGGCCAAGGCGGUGCGAGCCGAGAUGAUGACCAUUGGUGGGCGAACCAAGAGCGUGGUGAUAGUGCAGUGGACUGGCGGAGAAGAGGCUGGAGCCCUGGAACGGGCUUUGACGGCUGUGGUAGAAAAUCGGGCCCCCAUGGGCCCAAGACUGGGCCGAAUGUCUCUGGGCCACAAACGGGCUCGACUUUGUUAUGGUUUACCAAAUGACGGGGAAAGCGGCUUCUUGAUGGGAACUGCUAACAUGUGAUGUAAAAAAAGAAAAGGGUGAAGAUGCGUUUUUGCCCUUGCGAAAGCCAACCAACAAUCUAAUGUAUUUGUUAUAGCAAUUUUAUAGUAAAGUAAUUAAAAUGAAA